AAUUUACCUAUUGAACUACAAGCUGUCAGCACUGCAUCUGUCGAUCGCUGGGUUUUGAAUAUUUUUUUUCUUGACUAAAUCGGCGUAUUUUGUCUAAUUAAUAUUGUUGGUAAAAUACACAUCGGGGCAACGUAAAAAGCAAUCGACACCAUCGACAACACACACACACACUCACACACCAUAAAAUCAUGUCGACUGCUGGAUCGAGUAGUGGAGGCGGUACUGGUGGUCGAGGUCGCGCUUCUGGAAACGGCACAACAGCUACUGCAGCCGAUGGUAAACCUGAAUCAAAAACAAAUCCAAAAAUAUCAAAAGCACUGGGCACAUCCGCAAAACGAAUUCAAAAGGAACUGGCUGAAAUAACGUUAGAUCCACCGCCAAAUUGUUCUGCUGGCCCAAAAGGCGAAAAUCUGUACGAAUGGGUUUCUACAAUAUUAGGACCGCCCGGUUCUGUGUACGAGGGUGGUGUUUUCUUUUUAGAUAUACACUUUUCGCCUGAGUACCCAUUCAAACCGCCAAAGGUGUCGUUUAGGACACGAAUAUAUCAUUGCAAUAUAAACAGUCAAGGCGUCAUAUGUUUGGAUAUUUUAAAAGAUAAUUGGUCGCCAGCGUUGACCAUUUCAAAAGUAUUACUUUCGAUAUGCUCCCUUCUCACAGACUGUAAUCCAGCUGAUCCGUUGGUUGGUAGUAUCGCAACACAAUAUUUGCAAAAUAGAGAAGAACACGAUCGAAUUGCUCGGCUGUGGACGAAACGGUACGCAACAUGAUUUGUCACAACCGCAAUCUAUAGAUUCCUAGUUUCCACUUUAUUUUAUAAUCAAAAUUCAUUUUUUUUUUCUUUCUUUUUUCUUUUGUUGGCUCUUCUACUAAGAGUCUGUCAACCAUGAAGAUCAUGUAACCGAUUAAUACUUACAAUAUUUAUUGACAAUGUUCAAUUUAUCUAAUCCAUCAAUGAAUUAGGGCCAGGGUUUUGCUUUUCGUGCAGCCCAUCACAUUAUGUUACAGAAGCUGUGUAAUGUUGUGUCAGCGUGUUGUUUGAAUUUUAGCAUUAACGAAUUUCGAAUUCACACUAUUGUUGAUCUCAUUAAUUCAUUUCGAUGAAAAUUGUAGUGUAACCAUGGAUGGAAUUAGCGCGCGUGAACGGUGUAAAAUGAGUCAUCCGUUGUUUUUCUUAUGUGUUCCAAUAAUUUUAUUUACAUGAUAGUGUCCCGUAGGCUGAUGAUCAUUUAUAGGUUUGAUACACUUCUAUUUUCGACGAACGUAAAUUUUCCAUAAUAAAUUGAAAAUGAAACAGAGGUAAGACGACACGACACGACAUUACAUCCUUCUGCUAUACUUUUUGUUUUUGUAAGUAAAUUGAAUUCCUUAAGGAAUAAAUGAAAGAGAAAUAAAACAUAAAAUACCAUUUGCUUUGUAUGAGAUAAGAAGAAGAAGAAGACGAAAACGAGAAAGACUAUUAACUGAAUUUUAUAAAUAGUCCAGCAAAUCUACCAAUUAAACUACUAUUUUUUAAAACAAACGACAGGAUUUAAUGAUGCGAUGCAAGCGUGAAUGUAUAGGAUGAAGAAGCAAAAUUACAAGCAAUUAUCAAAAACUAAACAAACAAAAAAAAAAACAAAGAAACAAGGAACUGAGAACUGGGAAUGAAAUAAGAAAGUCGAAUUUUACUUUUACUUCUUCAUUUGAACCAUUUUCAUCCGAUUGAAUUAUCCUCAUUUUGUGUGUUUGGACGGUCCAACAGGCAAGACAUUUAUGCAGUUUCCGCGUUUAGAACACGAAUUAAUUCUUUGAAAAAAAAAUAAUCUGAAACCGCGCGUAGAUUCGUCUCAGGCUCACCCACAUAGUCUACCAAAAAAAGCAUUAUCUGAAGAAAUUCGAAUCAAAUUAAAGCCGAAUCAUCUCUACGCUUCUCAACACACAUUAGUUCUUGUGAUUCACUAUUUCCUAUCUAAGAAUGAAACCCACAAAACAAUAGAAAGCAAUUCUAGUCCAUUGCGUGUGUUUUGUCGUAUAUACGGUGAUCGGUUCGAAUGGACCGCAUUUUUUCUUCUUCUUUGAGCCGCAUCACAUCCAUCUCAUCCAGUUAUCGUCUGUGAAAGAAAUGUGAAUUCGUGUUCUAAAGGUGUUAGCGAAUGUAUACACCAUUAUCAAGUGUUCGAUAUUAGAUGUAAAGUGGCAUUUUGUCUGGAUAAGGUCGUUCGGAUAAAUGGCAAAACAGUCGGUUAAUUUGAUUGUGGAUAUUUAAUGAAAAUGUAAUUAUUGAGUUUAUAAUAAGAAACGAUCCUAGUAUGUAUACUUUUAGGUUUAGUUAUGAACAAUUUUCUUUUUUUUUUAUUCGAAAUGUGAAAAAAAAUGAUGGAAAAAAUGAUGAAUAAUAAUAAAUGUCUAACUGAA